CAGGCGUUUGUGGGGACACUUCCGGUUCCGGUGAAUAACCCUGAGUGCAACCGUUCCGGAGACUCGGUCUACUUUCUCGCAGGUGGUCUCUAGCCACAUUCUCUUGAUGCUGCCCGGUGUCCUCCGCUGUGCUCGGCCCGCCUUCACCAGUCUUGCCUUAAACCGGCCUCUGGCCCACUUCAGACCACACAUGGACCCAGACUCGAGCCGGCCCGUUGAGAGGGCCAUCACAACCAAACUGACCGCUGCACUGAAGCCGGACCACUUGGAGGUCCACAACGAGAGCCACAUGCACGCCGUGCCGCCGGGCUCUGAAUCGCACUUCCGCGUCCUGGUCGUUAGCUCCCAAUUUGAUGGUCUGCCACUGAUAAAACGCCACCGACUGGUCAAUGAGGCUCUGAAGGAAGAGCUGAGCGGCUGCGUUCAUGCACUGUCGAUUCAGGCAAAAACUCCUGAGCAGUGGGGGAGUAACCCCACCCUGGCAAAGAGUCCGCCCUGCAUGGGAGGAUCGAGGGGAGAUCACACAGUGCAGGAGAAACUGAAGGCUGGAAGAGAAUGACAUGUUGGACUAUGAGGCCAGUGCUUCAUUGAAAUAUGAAGAAUGCAGGUGAAUGCCGUAAGGGAGAUAUAUAGAUGUGAAUCUCUUCUUCUUCAGUGAGAUUCAGUGAAAGCAUUUUUGGAAAAAUGUAAAUACAUUGAAAGUUAAAAUAAAAGUAUUUAACGAGGAA